CUUUAACAGAGACAAGAUGAUUUCUACUGCACGUGUUUACCUGUGUUGCUGUGUCCUGUCUGUGGUUCAUGUGUCUGUAGGUGAGAUGUACACCUCGCUGCUCAACAUCAAACAGGCGAUCAGCGUUGAACGGAAGCUUAUCGAUUACUUGAAAACUUACAUUGACUACGAGUUGGAGAGACUGGAGGACGUCAAGCGUUUUUAUUCUAGAGUGUCCAACCUGCACACUGAGCUUUAUAAAGGCCCAUCAGCUGCAAUGGCGAACCCUUUAGCGGCCUUCACUCUGAUCAAGAGGCUUCAUUCAGAGUGGCUGAAUGUCGUCUACAGCAACGAAGCCUUGGAGAACAUACAAGCCCUCAGGUCUAGUUAUGAGGAAGAAGAGGCAGAUCUGCCCCAACUAGAGGACCUGCAGGGUGCUGCUAAGGGUCUGAUGAGGCUGCAGGAUGUGUACGCACUACAGGUAGCGAGUCUUGUCAGAGGUCGUUUCCAGAGAAUCACUGAUGGAGUGCCUGUUGAUAUCUACCGGCCUGCAGUGCCUGUGCUGCUGUCUGGAGAUGACUGCUAUCUGGUCGGAAAGGUUGCCUAUGAGCAGGGAGACUACUACCACUCAGUGCAAUGGCUGGAGGAGUCGGUGCGUCUCUUCAGGGGAACAGGAGGCGAGUGGAGCCCUGAGAAUGCAGGAACUCUGGAGGAUGCUCUGGAUCAUCUGGCCUUCUCUCACUUUAAAACAGGAAAUGUGUCCUAUGCUCUUAGUCUGUCCCAGGAGCUUCUCCAUCAUGAUCCAAUGAAUGGAAGAGUUUUGAAGAACGUUGAGAAAUACGAGAAGCUGCUGGUCACAAGUCCACCCAGAUCACUCAGCAGGGGUGGGCUAAGGAGACCCUCCUCCAAGUAUUUAAGAACCAGGGACACUUACGAGAGACUCUGCCAGACCCAAGGAGCCCAGCAGCUGAUGCAUUAUAAAAACCCCGGGCUCUUCUGUGACUUCUUCACCAAUGGUAAUCUGGGGCUGCUGCUGCAGCCAGUGAGACGUGAAGUGCUGAGCCUUCAGCCGUUUGUGGUCCUGUUCCACGACUUCAUCACAGACAUGGAAGCCGAGGACAUUAAAGGUCUCGCCCAGUUAGGAUUGAGACGAUCAGUUGUGGCAUCUGGAGAGAAACAGGAAACAGCAGAGUACCGAAUCAGCAAGAGUGCAUGGCUGAAAGGCCCGGCACAGUCCACUGUUGGGAAGCUGGACCAGAGGAUCUCCAUGCUCACAGGUUUAAAUGUGAAUCACCCAUACGGCGAAUACCUCCAAGUGGUGAAUUAUGGCAUUGGUGGUCAUUAUGAGCCUCACUUUGAUCACGCCACAUCACCUUCAAGCCCCGUGUUCAAGCUGAAAACUGGGAAUCGACUGGCUACGUUUAUGAUAUAUCUCAGCUCAGUGGAAGCAGGUGGGUCCACAGCCUUCAUCUACGCCAACUUCAGCGUUCCUGUUGUGGAGAAAGCUGCUGUCUUCUGGUGGAAUUUGCAUAAAAACGGUAAAGGAGAUGAAGACACUCUGCAUGCUGGCUGCCCUGUCCUGAUUGGAGACAAAUGGGUGGCAAACAAGUGGAUCCACGAGUACGGCCAAGAGUUCCAGCAUCGCUGCAGCCUGAACCCUGAAGAGUGAGGAGGGGUGGAGCUGUAGCUGGGCCCCUUGGAGCACAAGAGCCUGCCUCUACAAUUGAGAGGCACACUCAGAGGCAGAGACCAGGAGAGAGCCAGAAAGUGAGCAUACAGGCAGGGGAGGUGAGGGCCGGUGUGGAGCAGCCUGCAUCUUUGAUUGGAGCCCAGGGCCCCAGGGAGCCUGAAGCGUGCAGUACAGAGCUGCAGUGGACACAGAUCGCACACGGCUGAGAGGCAGUUUACAGUCAGCCCCCAGAGGCCUAAUGCUCUCCUACUACUACUGGCCAGUUUCUGCAGUCAGGCAGAAGAGAGGCCCUAUGCCUUCAUACACUGUGCUGGUUUCAGCUCACUGUGAGAGGCUGUUUGCUCCUGCUGGCUUGAAAAAUGAACAUCUUAUGCAGCCUUCGUCCUACGCUGGGCCCACUCUGGGGUCUGUCAUUGUAAACAACACAGAGUGAGCACUCUCAGCACUUUAUUCUGAACUUAUACAUGCAAACAUUUACAGAGCCUAGAAAAAGUAUUCAACCCCUUGGAUAAUUUACCCUUUUAUUGAUUUUAUAACUCAACCAUGGUCUAUAAAAUCAGGGCUUUUUUGUUGGAUUUUUUCUGGUACUUGAUGGGAUUGUGGACAGACUAGGGGUACAUAUUUUGUUAGAAAAGCCUAAAAAAGUUAUUUUUGCAUAUGUCCCCUUUAAGUCCAGCCACAAACUCCUUAAUGGAUUGAGGUCUGGGCUGGAUUGAUGGAUUGGGUCUUGACUCAGCUUCUCCAGAACAGUCAUCUUGUUGUCUUUAAACCAUUUCUGUGUAGCUUUCGCUGUUUGCUUCUGGUCGUUGUCUUGCUGGAAAAUAAAUUUUCUCCCAUCCACAGUCCUCUUGCAGACUGAAUAAGAUAGUCCUCCAGGAUUUCUCCUGUAUUUUGCGCAUCAUUUUACGCUCUGCCCUUACAACCCUUUCAGGACCAGCUGCCGAGAAGCAUCCCAACAGCAUGAUGCUGCCUCCAUGUGCUUCACAGUGGGGAUGGUGUGUUUGUGGUGAU